AUGUCACCGGCGUCAACAACCGUGAGUGCCACGGACAGCGGCAUUUGCGAGGAGUGCCCCCUGAAGAUGGCAGAGCAUGAGGUGAGGAGUUCAUUCAGGACGAUUGAUGCCAGGAAGCCGGCUGGACCAGAUGGCAUCCCCGGAGACUCAUCGCAAGUUGGCAAGGAGGAGUCGGUGGCCACCUUCAAGGGCAACGAGUUCUUCUGCUACGACCUGUCCCUGACGCCCAUCCAGAGCAGCACGGACGAGAUCACGCUCUCCUUCCGCACACAGCAGCGCAACGGCCUCAUGCUGCACACGGGCAAGUCGGCCGACUACGUCAACCUGUCGCUGAAGAGCGGCGCCGUGUGGCUGGUCAUCAAUCUGGGCUCCGGGGCCUUCGAGGCGCUGGUGGAGCCCGUCAACGGCAAGUUCAACGACAACGCCUGGCACGACGUGCGCGUCACGCGGAACCUGCGCCAGGUGACCAUUUCGGUGGAUGGUAUACUGACCACCACCGGCUACACCCAGGAGGACUACACCAUGCUGGGCUCCGAUGACUUCUUCUACAUCGGGGGGAGCCCCAACACGGCCGACUUGCCUGGGUCCCCCGUCAGCAACAACUUCAUGGGCUGCCUCAAGGAUGUGGUGUACAAAAACAACGACUUCAAGCUGGAGCUGUCCCGCCUGGCCAUCGACCGUGACCCCAAAAUCACGCUGAACGGCGACCUGGUGUUCCGCUGCGAGGACGUGGCCGCCCUGGACCCCAUCACCUUCGAGACCCCCGAGUCGUUCGUGGCGCUGCCCAAGUGGAACACCAAGAAGACGGGCUCAAUCUCCUUCGACUUCCGCACCACCGAGCCCAGCGGCCUGCUGCUCUUCAGCCACGGGCGGCCCCAGGGUCCCAAAGAGCAGAAGCCGGGCCGGGAGCUGAAGACGGACUACUUUGCCAUGGAGCUGCUGGACGGGUACUUGUACCUGCUCAUAGACAUGGGCUCCGGCAAGACCAAGCUGAAGACCAGCAACAAGAAGGUCAACGACGGGGAGUGGUGCCACGUCGACUUCCAGCGGGAGGGCCGGAAAGGCUCCAUCUCGGUCAACAGCCGCAGCCUCCCCUUCAGCUCCCCCGAGGGCAGUGAGAUCCUGGACCUGGACGGGGACAUGUACCUGGGCGGCCUGCCCGAGACGCGCGCCGAGCUGGUGCUGCCCCCGGAGGUGUGGACGGCCCUGCUCAACCUGGGCUACGUGGGCUGCGUGCGGGACCUCUUCAUCGACGGCAAGAGCCGGGACGUGCGGCGGCUGGCCGAGAUCCAGAGCGCCAUGGGCGUGAGCAGCUUCUGCACCCGGGAGCAGCAGAAGCGCUGCGGGCCCGGGGGUCCCUGCGGGAACGCCGGAGGACACUGCAAGGAGGGCUGGAACCGCUACAUCUGCGACUGCACCGGCACCGGGUACCUGGGGGGAAACUGUGAGAUAGAGGCCACGGUGCUGAGCUACGAUGGCAGCAUGUACCUGAAGGUCAUCACCCCGCUGGCGCUGCAUACGGAGGCGGAGGACGUGGCGCUGCGCUUCAUGUCCCAGCGCGCCUACGGCCUCCUCAUGGCCACCACGUCCCGCGAGUCCGCCGACACCCUGCGUCUGGAGCUGGACGGCGGCCGCGUCAAGCUCACCGUCAACCUGGAUUGUAUCAGGAUAGACUGUAACCUCAGUAAGGGGCCGGAGACGCUGUUCGCAGGACAGAAGCUCAACGACAACGAGUGGCACGCCGUCAAGGUGGUGCGGAGGGGCAAGAACCUCCAGCUGUCAGUGGACAACGUCACAGUGGAAGGCCAGAUGACGGGCGCCCACACCCGCCUGGAGUUCCACAACAUCGAGACGGGCAUCAUGACCGAGCGCCGCUUCAUCUCCGUGGUGCCGUCCAACUUCAUCGGCCACCUGCAGGGCCUCACCUUCAACGGGGUGCCCUACCUCGACCAGUGCAAGAACGGUGACAUCUCCUACUGCGAGCUCAACGCCCGCUUCGGCAUGCGCCACAUCAUCGCUGACCCCGUGACCUUUCGGACCAAGGGCAGCUACCUGGCGCUGGCCACGCUGCAGGCCUACGCCUCCAUGCACCUCUUCUUCCAGUUCAAGACCACCACGCCCGACGGCCUCAUGCUCUUCAACUCAGGCGACGGCAGCGACUUCAUCGUGGUGGAGCUCGUCAAGGGCUACGUCCACUACGUGUUCGACCUGGGCAACGGGCCGUCGCUGAUGAAGGGCAACUCGGACAAGCCACUGAACGACAACCAGUGGCACAACGUGGUGGUGUCCCGGGACGCCGGCAACGUGCACACGCUCAAGAUUGACUCGCGCACCGUGACACAGCACUCCAAUGGAGCACGGAACCUGGACCUCAAAGGGGAGCUGUAUAUCGGUGGAGUGAUCAAGACCAUGUACGGCAACCUGCCCAAGCUGAUCGCGUCCCGGGACGGCUACCAGGGCUGCCUGGCCUCGGUGGACCUCAACGGGAGACUGCCCGACCUGAUGGCGGACGCCCUCCACAGCGUGGGACAAGUGGAGCGAGGCUGCGACGGACCCAGCACCACCUGUACGGAGGAGUCCUGCUACAACCAGGGCGUGUGUCUCCAACAGUGGGAGGGCUUCAGCUGCGACUGCACCAUGACGUCCUAUGGAGGCUCCUUCUGCAGCGACCAUGGACGGAUGGAUGGAUUCUGUGAUGGUAGAGGGAAGAUGGAUGGAAGAGAAGGGCGGAUGGAUGGACAGACUGCCUGCUGCGCCAAGCCAGCAUCACAUCUCAGGAGUGCUGCAAGGAAAUCUAAAAUAUUGUGUAUCCUGCUAUGCUCACUAUGUUCAGUAUUUCAUUUCGAAAUGUCCACUCCUUACAUCUCCCUCCUUUAAGUCUACCAACAUACUCAACUCGUGUUCUGUAGUCUAGCAUAUAUAUAUGGAAAGAUGAUUCUUUGGACCACAGAAAAAAAAUGAGCUAUUCAGCUAACUUGGGUAUAGAACCUGUUCUGUACAUGGUCCCUGUCAA